CCCCUUCCUUGCCCGGCUGGCGCGUUGUGUGACGCAAACGCCGCGUGUGACGUAACACGUCAGGACGGGAGCGGACGUGUGGGCGGAAGUAACGUGUCAGCAAGAUGAAUUCCAGAGGAUCCGGAUCUCAGCUGAAGGACAGUAUCCCAAUUGCUGAGUUUUCAGCAAGUGGACCGUUUGGAGGUCAUGAUAUUCUGCGCAGAGGGUUUACAAGCGUGAAAAAUGAACUGUUGCCCAGCCAUCCUUUGGAAUUGUCAGAAAAAAAUUUUCAACCAAAUCAGGAUAAAAUGAAUUUUGCAACACUGAGAAAUAUUCAAGGACUCCACGCACCUUUAAAGCUGCAAAUGGAAUUCAAAGCAGUGAAACAGGUGCAACGUCUUCCAUUUCUUCAUAGUUCAAACAUUGCACUGGAUACCCUGAGAGGAAACGAUGAAUGCAUUGGUUUUGAGGAUAUUCUUAAUGACCCAUCACAAAGUGAGGUUAUGGGAGAGCCACAUACGAUGAUGGAAUACAAGCUUGGUUUAUUGUAACACAAACCUAAUCUCCAUCUACUGUUCAUAAAGAUGUUUCUUGUAUGCGUCUUUUACUAUAUCGAAGGUUCAGCUAUACAGCUUUAAAAUGACCUACAGAUUUUGUUAACAUAGCCGUGGCUAUCUCUUGCCUUCCUUGAUAAAAAGGCACAUUAAACUUUUAAAUAUCUAC